AUGGCGGACGACGACCGGCUCCCUACGCUGUUAUCCUCCCUCCCGCCCUCCUCUCACUACUUCUCGCUCGAAUUCUUCCCGCCCAAAACGUCGUCCGGGUUCUCGAACCUCCAGUCCCGUCUGGCUCGGAUGGCCGCGGCCCUCCGCCCGCUGUUUGUGACCGUCACAUGGGGUGCCGGUGGAUCGACAGCGACAAAGUCUUUGGAACUGGCCGAAGUAUGUCAGAGACAGCUAGGCCUGACGACCGUCCUGCAUUUGACAUGUACGAACAUGAAGAGAAGCAUGGUGGACGAGGCCCUGGAGAGCGCCAAGGAGGUUGGGAUCCGAAACAUCCUGGCUUUAAGAGGCGAUCCGCCCAGAGAAGAAUACAGAGACACCAAUGAAGGAGGAAGCGGAGGCUCGGGAACGGACAGCAACGAGGACUUUGUCUGGGCCGUCGACCUGGUACGGUAUAUCCGGCGCAACUAUGGCGACUACUUCUCCAUCGGCGUCGCAGGGUACCCAGAAGGCCAUGCGGAUGAGAGCAAUCCGGAGGCAGGGAAGCAGAGUGUCGAGCACGAUUUGCCGUAUCUGGCAGAAAAGGUAGCCGCCGGCGCAGACUUCAUCAUGACCCAACUCACCUACGACAUCAACGCCUACCAAGCGUACGAGAAGAGACUGAGGGAAUAUGUGGACGACGACGGGAACAAAUUGUUCGCAAACAUCCCCAUCAUCCCGGGUCUGAUGCCUAUUCAGAGCUACCAGAUCAUCAAACGAAUCACGAAACUGAGCCACGCAAAGAUUCCGGAAGAUAUCUCCCGCCGCAUCGAAGCUGUCAAGGCCGAUGACGAAGCCGUGAAGAGAGUCGGAGUCGACAUUCUGAGUGAGCUGAUCGACCAGAUGAAGACGCUCCCACAGCCCGAAGGCAUGCCGCGGGGUUUCCAUUUCUACACCCUCAAUCUGGAAAAGUCGGUGGCUUUCAUCCUCGAACGGACGGGGCUGAUCCCACCCAUCUCCGAACCUGACACGGGCGCCGCCGCGUCAAGCGAUGCCUCCGACUCGGACGCCAUCGCGAACGACGACGUGAAGACAAAGACACCAACACCAACAGCGACAUCAGCUCUGUCCAACGGAACAACAGCACAGAAUGGCAUCUCUCCCCUCAAGGCUGGCAUCACCAAGCGAAGAACCAGUUCCGUCAAUGCACAGCCCCAUAACAGAGUCAUUCUCGAGCACGCCCGGCAGGAACACCAACAACAACAGCUACAAAAAGAGGCCGAGAAGGCAGAAACAACCACACCAGUGGUGAACCAACAUCUCGCACCGAACCGGGGCACGGGAAUCCCCGCGUCGGAUCCGACGAGGAAACACAACCUCAUGAUCUCCGAAGGCCAAGGCUCUCUAGGACGGGAAGCGACAUGGGACGACUUCCCCAACGGCCGCUGGGGACCUUCGCAUUCACCCGCGUUCGGCGAGAUCGACGGCUACGGCCCCACGCUGAAAGUCGGCCCCAUCACGGCCCGCCGGCUCUGGAACCAUCCGAAGUCGCGCGACGACGUGACCGCCCUGUUCCGCCGGCACGUCGUGGGCGAGCUCGAGGCCGUGCCCUGGAGCGACGAGAUCGACGUGGACAGCGGCGGCCCGGCGGCCCUCCGCGCCGAAACCGAAGUCAUUCGACAGGACCUGCUCGCUUUGAUCGAGAACAAGGGCUACUGGACACUCGCGAGCCAGCCGGCCGUCGACGGCGUCAGGAGUGAAGACGAGACUUUUGGCUGGGGUCCGCCGGGCGAAGGGUUCGUGUUCCAGAAGGCGUUUGUCGAGUUCUUCUGUCCGCGGUGCGAAUGGGAGGAAAAGCUUCGACCCCGACUGAUCAAGUACGGGCCUCAGCAAGUCGGGUGGUUGAAAACGGAUGCUCAUGGAGAGUUUGAGUCGAGUGAAUUGUUGGAGAUGGCUGAGGACGGUCGAAGGGAGGAGGAAGAAAGACAAGAGGCUUCGUCGCCUUCCAAGACCGAAGAUGGACCAACACAACAACAAGCUCCUACGUCGGAAACAACAUCGAAGGGAACUACGACGACAUCCACAUCAACAAUACCAACCAGCGGCGUCAAUGCCGUCACCUGGGGCGUCUUCCGCGGCAAAGAGAUCGUGACGCCCACCAUCAUCGAGGCCGAGAGUUUCCGCGCAUGGGGCGAAGAGGCAUACAGUAUCUGGAGCGAGUGGCGCCGCUGUUUCCCCCGCGGUAGCCAGGAGGAACAGUUUUUAGAGCAGAUGCGUAGGGAGUCCGUGCUGGUCAAUGUCGUCGGACACACGUACAUUGGGGGUCAUGCGGGUCAGGGGGGAGAAUUGUGGAAGAUUCUGCUUUCUGAUGAAUGA